AUGGACGGUGAGCAGCAACAAAAGCCCUCCUUUUUUGGCCGGAUAUGGUCGCGCUUCUUUUCCGACCAAGGUAAAGAAUCCAUUCGCAACAGUGCCGAUGUCGAAGUACACCGUUGGAAUGGUCCCAAUGACCCCGAUAACCCGUUCAACUGGAGUUUCUCCUACAAAUGGCUCUUGACCAUCACCAUCUGCUUCAUUUCCGUCCUCACCGGUUUACCGGCCGGAUCCUACGGCGCUGGAAACGAUUAUAUGGCAGAGAAAUUCAACGUCCAGAAUGAGCCCUUCCCCAACUUGGCCUGGGCCACCACGUCCUGGAACAUGGGCGCGGCGUUCUGGCCGCUCAUCUUCGUGCCCUUGACGGAAUCGUCGGGUCGCAUGCCGGGGUAUUUUGUCUCGUAUGUCAUCUUGAUCAUCUCGCUGUUUCCGUCUGCGUUUGCGCCGAACUUUGCGACAUUGGUCGUGACGCGGUUCUUUGGCGGCGGCGCAUCGUCCGUGUCCAUCAACAUCGUUGGUGGCAGUAUCAGUGAUGUCUGGUUGGGCGAUAAGGCGCGUAGCUUGCCCAUGUCGCUGUUCGGGUUCACGAGUGUGAUUGGAAUUGCCUUGGGUCCGUUCAUCGGGUCCGCCAUCCAGGCCAUCCACAAGGACGCGUCGUGGCGAUGGAUCUUCUACGUGCAGAUCAUCUACAACACGGGCUUGCUUCCGAUCUUCUGGCUCAUCCUGCGCGAAACCCGUCCAGACGUGAUCCUAGAGCGACGCGCGAAGAAGAUCCGAAAGGAGACCGGUCGUCCUGUCUACGCGGAAGUUGAAAUCAGCUCCACGCGUAUGUGGGAGAAACUGCAAGUGUCCUUCGAGCGACCGACGCGCAUGCUUCUGACCGAACCCGUUGUCGCCUUCUUCACCCUCUGGAUCGCGUUCGCCUGGGGAAUCCUCUUCCUGUUCUUCUCCAGCGUCGUCCAAACAUUCACCCACAACUACAACAUGAACACCCUUCAAACCGGCACCGUCCAGCUAGCCAUCUCCGUCGGCGCCCUGAUCGGUCUCGUCAUCAACCCCGGCUCAGACUGGAUAUACAUGCGCUCCGCGAAACGGAACAAGGCAACCCCUGGCAAACCCAUCCCCGAAGCACGACUGUACACCUCCGUGCCCGGCAGUCUGCUCUUCGCGGGCGGCCUGUUCUGGUACGGGUGGUCGAGUUUCCCACACGUCCACUGGAUCGUGCCCACCUGUGGUGUGGCAUGCACGGGACUGGGCAUCUACUCCAUCUACAUGGCCGUGGUCAACUACCUGACCGAUGCGUAUGAAAAAUACGCCGCCUCGGCGCUGUCGGCUGCGUCGUUGGGACGGAAUAGUUUCGGUGCGUUUUUACCUUUGGCGUCGCCGCAAUUAUUCUCGAAUUUGGGAUACGGAUGGGCCAGUACGUUGCUGGGAUUUAUUGGGAUUGCGCUGUCGUUGGUGCCUGUAGUACUGGUGCUCAAGGGACCGGAGAUUCGUCGGCGGAGUCCAUUCAUGCGAGAGGCGACGUGGUCCGGGGGGGGGGAUGAGAAGGAAGCGCCACAAGAUGGAGAGGAAGCAUGA